AUGGUGUUCAUCGGAUACGAGAGGAGUUCCGGCACCAAGGCAUACCGCUUCUACGAUCCACGAACCAAGCGUCUACGAAUUUCACGCGACGUUGUGUUUGAAGAAAAGCAAGCGUGGAAUUGGAGCGCAACAGCCAACGAUGCUCCAAAUGGUAGCAUAUUCACAGUUGAAUUUCCAGCUGAUGAUGAUACAAUGGAAGACGUCCAGGUGGUUGGCAAGACACCCAACCAAGGUGACCACAAUGGCAGUGAUUACCAUGGUGCCAACACUGACAACGACGCGCAUGGGUCGCAAGGUGAUAGCGACAACGACGCGCACGACACGGGCGGAGAUCUCGACAACGAGGCGCAUAGUGACGAUGACAAUCAAGAUGAUGGUCACGGUCACGACGACUACGCCGACGACGAGGAUGCCAACGAUCCGGCAUCUACCAUGCCCAAUACUCAACGGUCUUCCUCAAGUGCAUCGACGCCGACACAAUUUGUGUCGCCUCCUUCGCAAGCCACAACGGAUUCUUCCGGGCCUCGUCGUUACAAGACCCUCAAGAAAGUCUACAAGUACGCAAAGCCAGUUACACUCGAGUACUCCGCUUUGUGUUUACUCGGAGUUGAGUAG